UAUACCUAGCGGGUAAAACGGGUUUACGUACGACCACCCGUAGUGUUAAGUUCAGUGAAAUAGUGCGAAGACGAUCUUGAAGACAUUGAUAGUGCAAUGAGAAAUUUGCAGAAAUUCGUCGACUGUUUGCUGACGUAAUGGAAGUACAAGAUGUCUUCAAACAGAGCAGCUCCCAAAAAAUCUCAGCAAGAAAUGUUUCAAUUUUUACAAUCAGAUUUUAGAAAUGCAUCAAAGCGUGAUGAUGUUGUUAGAUGUUUAAAUGCAAGUAGGAUGACAAAGACUCUGUGCUGUGAUUCAGAGAAAUAUGAAAAUAAUAAUAUAUGUGUAUCAAGAAAUGUCAGUCUGUCUCAAAAAAUAGAUGUUAUUAACAGGAUACAAGAUAAUCCAUGUGACACAACUGAAUUUUCAGCAACUAUUAAGUGUUCAUCUGAUGUAUGUUCAGUUUCUAUGUUAAGUGAGAAUGUUAAUUGUAAUUGUAAUUAUGAUGUAAUGCAUUGUCAACAACACAAACAAAUCUCACAAAGUUAUAUGAGUUCUAUAUAUAAUUUAUGGAGAAUUAGAAAAAAUAGAAAUUUACCAUUAUUGGUUACAAAAAAAGCUGGUACACAGUGGAGGAAUUGUUUUUGGAGAAUAUUUUUAAUUCCAUUCAUUAUUUUGUUAUUAUGUACAACAAUAUGCAAUGCAGACCCUAAUCAAUGCGCAGUGGGUUUGAAAACACCUGGAAGAACUUGGCCACAAGGUGAUAUUGUACUUGAAUAUGGUCAAUCUUUAAGAAUACUUUGUAUACUGAAUAAAACAUUUAUGGAUGCUGAAUUUCCUGGAAAAAAUGCUUCAGAUCUUGUAUUUUUUCGUAACCAAAAAGAAAUGGAAUCAGAAUUUAUUACUAUUAUCAAUGAAACUACAAUAUCAUUGGAUAUAGAAAAACCUCCACCUGCAGAAGAUAUGUAUUACUGUAGAUUAAGAUUACAAAAUCACAAUAAGCAACUGGAAGCAGUUUGUCUAAAUAAAGUUGUCGUUGGUUUUAAACCUCAAGAGCCUCGGAAUUUCACUUGUGUAUCUCAUAAUUGGGAAAAUAUGAUAUGCUCAUGGGAGCCAGUUCAAAAUUAUGUGACAACAACAUUUACACUCGUAUUUAAAUUACCGGGAAGAGCAGGAGGUAGAAAAUUGUUUCCAUGUCCGAAAAGAGAUAAAGAUGAUAAAGAGAUAAAGAUGGUACCAAAUAUGUGCUUGUGGGAUACAUCUACAAAUCCAAUUUAUCGACAGCCAUAUGAAUAUUAUACAUUUAUACUGAACGUAAAUAAUGUUCUAGGGAAUGCUAGUUUUACAUACAAGUUUCAUCAUUUCGCUCAUGUUAUUCCUGCAAAACCAGCUAAUUUAUCAGUUAUUAAUAAAACAUGUGAUAGUGCAUUAUUGCACUGGAGUGUGCCUUUUCCAAUGCAGAAUUUUCCACCUGGAUUAUUUCAUAAAAUCACAUACCAAAAUCAGUGGGAUCAUCAAAAAACUUGGCAGGUAAUCAAUAUUACAAAUGAUAUUCACGUGCAUAAAAGAUAUUAUAAUCUUACUGGGUUGAAAUAUGCCAAUACUGUAUAUGAUGUGCGAGUUUUUAUGAGAAGUGCAGUUGCAGCUGGGGAAGAUAAGUGGAGUCAAUUUAGCGACGUUACUUUUAGAACACCACCAAGAUUACCUGGCCAACCUCCAAAAACCGAUAUUGGAAGCUUUGAAAUAGCGGAGAAUAGUGCUAGCAGAGAUGUAUAUUUGUACUGGCAAGCUAUACCGCAAUACUUAGAAAAUGGUGAUAACUUCAGAUAUGAAGUUGUUCGUGUAGAAGAAAAUGGACGAAAAGUGUUCCUUUUCCCAAAUGAAACUACGAGAACAUAUGCUAAAUUUAAUGGAAUUAGUAACAAUAAUUAUAGAUUCGAAAUUGUUUCAACAAACGUCGUUGGAGCAAAUGAUGAACGUGCUAAACUUUUUGUACCCAGUCAAUUCAAAAUACCACACGAACCUAUAGCAUUUACGAAAAUUGCGUUUGAUGGAGGAUUGUAUGAAUUAUCAUGGAAAGCACCAAUUAUGAAUAAAGAAAUUACAAAUUAUACAAUUUUUUGGUGUGAUAAUGAACGUGAUCGUCCUUAUCAGUGCACUGGUUACCUAGAUUGGGUACAUGUAUCAAGAAAUACGACAAUUUAUAAUAUGACUGUACCAGAUCCCGACAAAGUGUAUCAAUUUGCGAUUUCUGCAAAUACAAACAGAGGUAGUAGCGGCAUGGUAUGGGCAUCAUGCACUGUAAUACACAACAAAGUUGUUGGAAAAAUGAAAUCUGUGUGGAUAAAUAGAAUUGGUUCUGACUAUAUUGAAGUUGGUUGGAAAUUGGAUUGUUCGGAUCGCAUUGGAAUAGUAGAGGGAUUUAAUAUUUAUUAUUGUCCCAUUGUUUCACCAUAUGAUCUGAAUUGUAAAGGCCCGAAACUUAAUACAACGAUAAAAGCCGAUCCUCAUACUAUCCAUGGUAUUGUACACAAUUUAAAACCGUAUACAACAUAUAUGCUAGCCGUCGCUGUUUUAACAAAAAAUGGAGAAGGAUUGCAUAGUGAUCCUUUAUAUAAUACAACGCUUGAAGCUGCACCAACAACUCCUCCGCAGGACGUAAAAAUUACAAAAGUGACAAAUACGACAAUGAACAUUGUAUGGAAACCACCAGAAGCAAUGAAUGGUGUAUUACGUUAUUAUGAGGUUUAUUACAAUGAAUACUCACAAAAAGUUGAAGACGCAACUCAAAUUGAAUUGAAUGAUCUGUUAGCGCAUACGAACUAUAGCAUUAGUGUAGCAGCAUGUACUGUAUCUUGCAGUGUGAAAUCGCCUACAAUUUACCAAGUUACGAAAAUUGGUGUACCGGGAAUAAUUAAUGUACCUAAUGUACGCUUCAUGAAUUCGAGCCAAGUAAUUGUUAUCUGGAAUAAACCUCAAUAUGCCGCUGGGCUCUUGAAUUAUUAUGAAAUACAAUCUAACGACGGUGAAAUACAAAAUAGUACUAGAACAGAGGCUCAGUUACCUAUCCCUGACUGCAAAACUAUUGGACAAGAAAAAUUAUAUCAAUUUCGUGUAAGGGCUGUUAAUAUUGCAUCAGAUAAUACACAUUUAAAAGGUAGUUGGUCUGAUCCUGGUGAGGGAAACUGUUAUAGUGAUGGACCUUCAUUUAGAGUGUGGGUUAUAAUAUGGGUGAUAGGAGGUAUUAGUACUGUGGCAGUUUUUCUCUGUUUGGCACACCUAUCAAAAAGAAUGUGGCUGAAGUGCAAAGCUAUGCAAGAUGUCGAGGUCAAAUUACCACCAGGAUUAGCACCGAAUAUGAAGCUUCUUCAAAAAGUGGGUGAACAACAUAUACGACAAUCUUCGGCUGAUUCAAGUGGUUGUUCAAGCGGACAAGAAUCUGUUACUUCUUCACUAACAUCAGAUUCUCAAGUUUCAAGCGAUAGUGGUACAGAAAUAGAUCCAAUGCCGGUAUCACCUAAUAAAUUGCUUGAAACACUACCAGCUUGGGAAUCUUCAAGUCUUCGUCAGAGGAAUGUUGGACUUACUAGACCAGGAUUCACAACGGAAACGGCACGCUGGGAACCAUAUGUGAAAGUUGCAAAAUCCGGAGAGCCCAUUAUAGCAGAUACAUUGUCUUUGGCUCGAUCUACGCCUAACUUAACUGAUAGCACAGGUUACACAACUUCGCAACAUACUUGGUCUUCAACUGGUUACAUUAGUAUGCCAUCGUCAGAAGAAUUGUCUAGUAAUCCCAGUCCUGUUCCUAAGGAAACCUCAACUGCAAGUGGUUAUAGCAUUAUAGGAACUGUUAAAUCUAUAAAAUCGAAGUCUGAAGAUGACAGUGAUUUAACGGAAUCUACUGCGGACACAUUAAUACCUAUCAAACCAGAAUCUAAGCCCACAAAUCCAUACAUAACUUUAGCAUCUUUCGAGCAAAAACAAAAGGAUAGCAAAGCUAUCGAUUCGUUACAUGAUUUGGAUGAAUUAACGUUUGCUGAAUCGAAUAAAUCGAAACUAGAAUCUUUGACUCCGUUCUCAACUUCUGACAAAGUUUCUAAACCAUAUGUGCAAACAGGUUUAAUUGAUUCACUAAAGAAGCCGUUUACUCGAAGUAGCAUUGAUAGUGCAAAGAGUGUAACGAUGUCUACUCCAUUUGCAGCCACGUCUUUAACCGAUUCAUGCAAUAAACCAUUCGUUUCCUCUUUUGCAAGUCCAACUACUCUGGCAUCUACGCUAGAUUCCUCAUCGAAACCUUAUGUUUCUGUGUCUUCAAUUCCUGAAGUUUCGAAAAAGUCAAAUCUUCAAGCAGGUGCUUUAGAAUCUUCACAGAAGGUCACUAUGCCCCAAACUUCAACAACUGAUGGUUCGCAACCAUAUGUCCUCGCGAGUUCCGUAUUCCAAAUGCUACAACAACAACAAAGAGGAAAACCGGAAACUUCUAUUUCGGAAGCGAUAGACAACGAAACGGAAGAUGUUACGACAGGCUAUCCUCUGUGUUGGCAAACCAGCGGUACAAAGCCAAAUUCAAAGUUGGAUACAGACAAAUCAGUUAUUACGACUAAACAGAGUACUGGAUACGUUACCAUAGCAGAAAAUCCAAAGCUAGAUCAACAUAGAACGUCGACGUUGUCAUCACCGUAUGUACAGCAUGAGAGGUUUGAGAAGCCGCUGCCACAAACUACUACUGGUCAGUCAGAUGAACAAUACAGUAAAGUGACUGUUGUGCCAAGUACUAUUCAAUGAAAGAAGAAAGGUGCAAAUGAAUCGAUUGUGGCAGUGUAGCGUGAAUUUUGUCACUUUGUAUAAACUUCCUUUAAUAUAGGAACGUUUUUUAAUGAACUAUGGUGCAAUACAAAUUUCACGUUUGUAGGUGCUUCAAAAUGUAAUGGAUGACUAAAUUAAAACUACCAUUUGUUUUUAGGAGCAUGGUAUUUAGAUCAAAGACCUGAAUUGGAACAUAAACUAUGCAUCCUACGAGACAUAUAAGGAUUGUCAAGCGUAUAAAUAGAGGUGUGUUUAAAAUUUUAGUGUUUUCUAAGAUUCUAUAUAAAAUAUUUGAUGCUGAUUUAACGACUGAACUAAAAAAAAAGAGAGAGAGAGAAAGAGAGAAUGAAAGAGAGAGAGAGAGAGAGAGAGAGAGAGAGAGAGAGAGAGAGAGAGAGAGAGAGAGAGAGAGAGAAAGGAAUGAAAAUUUAAAAAUGAAGUGUCGUAUAAUAUUCGAUGAGAGAACACAUCGAAUAUGAAACAUCCUCAUUUGUGAAAGUAUGUACAAAAUGAAUUACUUUUGUAUCAUAUAUAUUAUUGUGCAAUGUGAUGUGAAAAUCAUCAAAACGCUAUAGAGUGUAAGUGUUAUAGAUUGUAAGUAAAUUAUGUGGCAUACAUCCAUCGACAAACAACUCGCUGUUGUCCGAACAAUCAAAUUUUUUGCUAUCUAUGGUAGUGUAAUAAUUCUCAUUUAGAAGGACUGUUAUUUAAUCAUUGUGAAGCUUUUAAUGGACUGUAAUGGACUGAAAUGUGCAGUAAUAUUAAUAUUUCGAAAUACGUCCAAAACGAUUUGAAAAUUUUCAAAGAUGUUUUUGUUUGAAUUCUUUUAUAUCGUGAAUCAUGACUUCCAAAUACAUUUUUUCGCUCUAUCAUACAGGAUAAUAAGAUGCAUACAUAAUAUCAAUCAAUCUUUUUUUUUAUUCUCAAUGAAACUGAUAUUUGUAUUGUUCUAAUUAUUAAUUGUUUCUUAGAAUAAGACAAAUAUUCGUGGUAAAGGCAGAAAAAAGAAAUUGUUUGCAAUUAUAAAUUAUUUAUAUGCAAAUCAAAUUGAUAGAGGUAAAAAUUUACGGUUUUUGAAUCAUUCGUUUGCUAAAUUAUGUACUGUGCACAAAAAGAUUAUAUUGAUUUUUUUCGUUGAACUACAAUCAUAUGCGCAAUUUGUCUAUCUGUGUAGAUAAUUUAUAAAUCGUUCCUGUAGUACCUUACUAUCAUUAGCAUUGAUUGAUAGAAAGCAGUAAAAGAAAAACUAUGGCAAUAAGUACAGGGUCAAGGAUAAGAGAUAAGGUUAAGAGAAAAGGCUAAUUAAAUCACAAUUUUGAAAUCAA